AUGGACGAAACCGGCCUCAACCCAUCGGCACUAGCCGAUGCGGACUCUGGCCUGGAUAACCGGCGCGGACGUCUGGACUUGCAGCACAUACCACACCCGCCAUCAACAAGCACGACGACGAGGCAAAGAAUCAGCACAAGCGAGGUGUCGCUAGCUGCAGGUAAUGGCGGUGACGAUAUGGAUAAUUCUAUAGUUCGCGACGUACAGAGGCAGCACCGAGAGAGUUUAUCCGGCUCAAGUCCCCAUCGAAAACGCCAGCGGAUUAACGGCGAUAGGUUUAUCCCUAGUCGAUCUGGACAAGAUCUACAAGCUAGUUUUAGUUUACUACAUGAGGAUGGGUCGCCGGCGACACCUUCUAAGCAGAAAAAACGGACUCCGCAUGGAGAACUCCAUUUCCAAAAGACGGAGGAGGCAAAUCGAACCUUUUCAAGCCUUUUACGAGCAGAGUUAUUUGAACACUCUGUGCCACAAGCUGCACCAUUAGCUGCGUCACCGGAUGCGACCCUGCCAGUAUCAUCGGCACUUGAUACAAACGAUGGCACACGAUCUCAUACACCACCAAAUAACACCAACAGUCCAUCUUUACCCUCUACUCUUACGCCGUCAACCCCGCAUAAAAACCUUUUCUCCUAUAUGUCUCCGCGCCAUCACACCCAAAUUCGUGGCCACCCGACUCCAUCCAAGACUCCUCAAAGCCGACAUGGGCCCAACCUAGAUACCAGAGCGGAGAUAUACAGCUUAUCGCCUGUUAAGUUUGGUAGCCAACAGAUGCUAUUGAGCCCAAGGCGACAGCCACGAGCAGUCAGCAAAGUUCCCUAUAAAGUUCUCGAUGCCCCUGAACUGGCAGAUGAUUUCUAUCUCAAUCUGGUGGAUUGGGGUAGUGCCAAUGUUCUUGGUGUUGGACUAGGUUCCAGUGUCUAUAUGUGGAAUGCCCAGACUAGCAAAGUCAACAAGCUUUGUACCUUGGAAGAUGACACUGUCACAAGCGUUUCUUGGAUACAAAAAGGAACUCAUAUUGCUAUUGGAACCGGCAAAGGACUAGUCCAGAUCUGGGAUGCAGAGAAGACACGCCGACUGAGAACUAUGACCGGCCACACAGCAAGAGUGGGCUCGCUCGCAUGGAACACCCAUAUUCUAACGUCAGGGUCGCGUGAUCGUCUCAUCUAUCAUCGAGAUGUCCGUGCACCUGACCAGUGGAUGCGCAAACUUGUUGGCCAUAAACAAGAAGUUUGCGGCCUUAAAUGGAAUUGCGAGGAUGGGCAGUUGGCGAGCGGUGGCAAUGAUAAUAAACUCAUGGUAUGGGACAAGCUUUCAGAAACGCCGUUGUGGAAAUUCUCAGAUCACACCGCUGCCGUGAAAGCAAUUUCAUGGUCUCCUCAUCAACGUGGCCUUCUUGCAUCAGGAGGAGGUACUGCUGACCGUCGAAUCAUCUUUCAUGAUACAGUCAAAGGCUCUGUCAUUAAUGAAAUAGACACAGGCAGCCAAGUCUGUAACAUCGCGUGGUCCAAGAACUCAAACGAAAUCGUAUCCACACAUGGAUACAGUCAAAAUCAAAUUGUUGUUUGGAAGUACCCUUCCAUGACACAGGUUGCCAGCCUUACUGGUCAUACAUACCGAGUUCUUUACUUGGCCAUGAGUCCUGAUGGGAGAGUUGUUGUCACUGGGGCGGGCGACGAAACACUAAGAUUUUGGUCCGUUUUUGGUCGGCGUCCUGGCGCUAGAGACGACGCUGAGGCUAGUGGAGGCCGACUUGCCGACUGGGGAAUUAUUAGAUGA